AUGGCUCCGACGAGAACACGGACAGUCAAGAACAAGCACGCCGCGCCCAAAUCCGACGCCCCCGGCAAAGGCGCAAAGAGAUCAUCCACCGACGGCGUCUCCAAAUCCAAGAAGCCAACUGGCGCCCCGCCGUCCAAGCAGCUCAAGGAGAAGAACAGAGCCGCCCUGGUCAAGAGGCCCAAGAAGAAGACUUAUACGGAGGAAGAGUUGGGCAUCCCCAAGCUCAACAUGAUCACUCCCGUGGGCGUCGUGAAGCCUCGAGGCAAGAAGAAGGGCAAAGUUUUUGUGGACGACACGAAGAGCAUGGACACGAUCCUCGCCAUGGUCCAGGCGGAAAAGAAUGGCCAGAUCGAGUCCAAGAUGAUCAAGGCCCGGCAGAUGGAAGAAAUCCGCGAAGCCAGAAAGGUCGAGGCUGCCAAGAAGGAAGCCGAGAAAAAAGCCAAGCUUGAGGACACGAAAAAGUCGCUGCGGAAGAAGCGAAAGCGGAAGGGUACCGACGUCGAAGACGAAUCCAUCAGAGACUUCACAUCUCCAGGUUCAAAAGCCGCGAAACCCAAGAAGAAGGUUUCUUUCGCAUGA